AUAAUUUUCCCCUAGAUCGAACGGAUUGCAGUUUGCAAUUUUGCUCACUCGGUCGUAGUGGACGAUAGCAUUUUUCCACAAGUUACAAUAAACUUAACGGAAAAUGCGGUCUGUUGCAGCAAUUGUGAUUGCGUGCCACAUUUUCGCUGUUCUCGGAGCAAAAACCAGGGGAAUAUCCAAUGAACCCGGAGCGGUUCCCAGCGGAGGCAAUGCGGGUGGUGGUUCGAGCGGAGGAAAACUACUGCAGAGCACCCAACCCGAUACCGUAAAAUCGACCGUGAUGAAGAAAGACCCGAAAAUGUUCGAAGCGCUGGACGGCUUUGUCAAUCACGCCUGCAACUGGUUCAAGGAGACGGAGCGACAGGCACAGUGCGAUUACAUUCAGGAUAACAUCAAGGCCAAGUAUCCGAAUUUCGUCUGGAAUAACUUUGUUUUCGAUAUCAAGGCCAAAUGGGACUAUGCGGUUUGGACUGAUGCUACCUAUAAGGGAACUUGCGGGAAUAAUCACUAUUUCAUCUUCGGAAUCAAAAAACUAACAAGCGGUUAACAUUUACAUUUCCUUGGUCAAGGUUCACAUCAAUCGGAAUAAAGUGUGCACUGUUUAGUGCUUUAUCAGCUGUUAUGGUUAUUCGACAUCGGUGUGUUCGCGUUUCCACUGUGGCGUAACGACCUUACUUGCGUCUUUUACAUAAAAAUUUUAUUAAAAUGUCCCACAAUCAAAAGAGCUUGAACAGUGCAAUUGCACACUUUCUUUCUAUGUAUUGUGCCGACAUUGCUGAGUGCGGACCAAUGAAUUGCUAUUUGAGCACGAAUAUGGAAAAAUCGGCGCUCAGAUG